AUGGACGAGUCGUCGCUGCUGGAUCUUCUGGAGUGCUCCGUGUGCCUGGAGCGUCUGGACACCACGGCCAAGGUGCUGCCGUGCCAGCACACCUUCUGCCGCCGCUGCCUGGAGAGCAUCGUCAGCUCCCGCCACGAGCUGCGCUGCCCCGAGUGCCGCAUCCUGGUGGGCUGCGGCGUGGACGAGCUGCCCGCCAACAUCCUCCUCGUCCGCCUCCUGGACGGUAUCCGGCAGAGGCCCCGCGCCGCCGGGGGCGCCAGCGGCAGCCCCAGCGCCGCGGCCCCCACGUACCCCCAGCCCGGGCAGGGUCUUGCACCCUCUCUAGGAGGCAGUGGGGCAGGGGCAGCUGGUGCUGGGCAAGGCACCAGCAUUUUCCUACAGGCAAAUGCUGGAAGUAAAAGGGGAUAUUUAAGACAGAGUGCCUCAAGUGCCAGAGCAGGCUGUGGGAGAUCUCCUUCAUUGCUUCCCUAUGGCAAAGCCCUUUACACAUAUGAGGGAAAAGAGCCUGGUGACCUCAGGUUUAACAAGGGGGACAUCAUCAUCCUGCGGCGCAAGGUGGACGAGAAUUGGUACCACGGGGAGCUCAAUGGGAACCAUGGCUUCUUCCCCGCCAGCUACAUCCAGUGCAUCAAGCCUCUCCCACAAGCUCCACCUCAGGGCAAAGCACUUUAUGACUUUGAAAUAAAGGAUAAAGAUCAAGACAAGGAUUGUCUGACCUUCACCAAGGAUGAAAUUUUGACAGUCAUCAGGAGGGUGGAUGACAACUGGGCAGAAGGAAUGCUGGGUGACAAGAUUGGCAUUUUCCCUAUCCUCUAUGUUGAGCUGAAUGAAUCUGCCAAGCAGCUCAUGGAGAUGGACAAGACAUGCUCGGCUGCCGCCUCGGGCUGUGACGUGCCGCUGGCGACGGAGACAGUGGCAGUGGCAGCGGCAGCGGCGGUGGGUCUGGCACCGUGCUCCACGCUGGCCGGCGCGGGGGCUGCCGGAGCGGCCCAGCGGCAGGUGGAAGGCAAGAAGAACGCCAAGAAACGCCACUCCUUCACGGCCCUCAGCAUGACGCACAAGUCCUCCCAGGCUGCCAGCAACCGGCACUCUAUGGAGAUCAGUGCCCCUGUCCUCAUCAGCUCCAGCGACCCACGGGCAGCUGCCAGGAUUGGGGACCUGACCCACCUCUCCUCCAGUGCCCCGGCCCAGGAUUCCUCUUUGAUUGGAACAGCUACAGUGGCUGGUCCCAGGACAAGUGCAAUAAUUGGAGAUCAGGGAACACCACCGAAAGUCCAGCUCCCCCUCAAUAUCUACCUAGCCCUGUAUGCCUACAAGCCUCAGAAGAACGACGAGCUGGAACUGCGCAAAGGGGAGAUGUACCGGGUCAUUGAGAAGUGCCAAGACGGCUGGUUCAAGGGCACAUCUCUGAGGAGUGGCAUGUCCGGUGUCUUCCCAGGCAACUACGUGACACCUGUUUCAAGGGUGCCAGUGGGAGCUGGGCAGCCCAGGAACAGCGGAGCUGGAGGAGUUCCAACAACAAAAGUAGCCCCAGGAGCCAUCCACCCCAUUGUGGCUGGUCACAGCAAUGCCACCACGGCUGUCAGACCAGUUGUUCCCAUCACUGCUCCCCAGACACAUCCCCAGCUGCAGGCGGCCUCUCCGCAGCUAAAUAACUGCCUGAGGUACUCGGCUCAGCAGCAAGCCAGCCAGCCCCGCAGCGCCAUGCAGACCGCAGCGCACCCGGCAGUGCCGGCCCCGGAGCGACCCACGGCCACGGUCUCGCCUCUGCGGACGCCCAGCUCGCCCUCCCGCCUGCCCGCCGCGGCCAUUCGGCCUCACCCCGCCGUGUCCCCGCAGCACGGCCACCAGCCGCCCGCCCCAGGGGCCCGGCCCCUCAUCCCGCUCACCUCCGCCGCCGCCGCCAUCACCCCGCCCAACGUCAGCGCCGCGCACCUCAACGGGGACGUGGGCGGCGGGCCCCUGGGCGGCCCCGCCGCGCCCGGGCCUGCCGGCAAAGCCGAGGAGAGGAAAAAUGAGAAGAAGGAGAAGAAGAGUGGGCUGUUGAAACUUCUAGCAGGAGCAUCAACAAAAAAGAAGUCACGCUCCCCACCAUCUGUGUCCCCCACGCAUGACCCCCAGACUGCCAUUGAAGGAGUUCUGCAAGGGGCAGUGGGGCCUGAGCUGUCCUCCCUCUCCAGUCACGGCAGAGCCGGCUCAUGCCCUAUUGAGAGUGAAAUGCAAGGAGCCAUGGGGCUGGAGCCUCUGCACAGGAAAACAGGCUCCUUGGAUUUGAAUUUUUCCAUCCCUUCACCUGUCAGACCACCCCUCUCUUCCAUGGCAGCUAUUCGGCCAGAGCCCAAGCCUUUGCCCCGGGAAAGGUACCGCGUUGUGGUCCCAUACCCACCGCAGAGCGAGGCAGAGAUCGAACUGAAGGAAGGUGACAUUGUGUUUGUGCACAAGAAACGGGAGGACGGCUGGUACAAAGGGACAUUGCAGAGGAACGGCAGGACGGGCCUCUUCCCCGGGAGCUUUGUCGAGAGCUUCUGAGGACGAAUCGCCGCUCUCUCAACUGAGGAGCUUUCAGGGGAAUCUGCAUAGCACAAGAAGAGACAGCAAAGAGAAACUGGACUGAUAACCACUGCCAUUUUUAUUUCCAAAGACUUCCCCCAGGCCCUUCAGUCUGCAGCUCUGGAGACACAGUGCCCCGCUGUGCUCCCGAGACCGUGUGCAGUGCAUACAGUGGUAUGUUGAAGUAGUGCCUUCCACCUGGAAUCACAGACUGAAUGGACGCCCAUCUGGACUGUAGUAACCUAAACUCUGGCUGUUAACCUUUUGUGUAAAUUAUAGAGAAGAUAUCUUUAAAAAAAAUUAAGAGGAAAGCUGUUAUAUUGCUGUAACUUAUUUGUCAGAGCUGCAGUGUUCUUAUUACUGGCCUAUGCAAGAUGGAUUUGAGUUCAAGAAGGUGUGCUAGGAAGCUCUUAAAGAGGGAUUUUGUUUUUACCAAGGGAAGAAGAGGGGAGGGUGGAGAAAACCCCAGCUAAAGAUCAGUGCAUCAUUGUGCAAGUAAGAAUGAGGAGUCAAAAAUGUUAAUGUCAUGCAUUCUAUAUACCUCAAAGAUAUGCUGCGCAGGUUUGUCAGUGCGUGUCGGUGUUAAGUGCUCAGAGUGCUACACCACCCCUUGUCCUGGCACUGCUGCCAGGGAGGUCCUGGAGGAAGUACAGCUCCACCAUUAAACCGUGGUUAUUUGAGCAGAAUCCCUUUUGCCUGUCUUCUGCCCGUAUUAUAUGCAGCAUGGAUUUUUGUCCUUCGGUAUCACUUACCAUUGCUUUUUUGUACAACGUACCUUUUUACUGUAAGAAUUGCUCUACUUUAUAUAUAUUCCUACUAGAUCAGACAUUUCCUCUUUUUCAUACAUCUGGUGCUAUUUUUUUUAAUUGUUAAAAGAUUUGGUUAAACAGAGAGGCUGCAACAAGAUUUGCAUUCAACAUAUGAAAUUAGAAACGUACCUGAAGAUUGAGAUCAGACUGCUUGUUCUUGCAUCAUAGAGGAAAAGAGAAAAAGCUGCAUGGUCACCGAUAAAUGUACCGGGGGGAGCUGCCUGUGCAACAUACACAUGCUUGCUCUCUCCUACAUAUUUAGAGUGGCUGAAGACCCAUG